AUGACCAAGGUGGAACGUGUGACGGAUCAGCUGGAGAAGCCAGAGCUUGAUGAUCGCUCCUAUCGGGUCAUCCGCCUUGGGAACAAGCUCGAGGCGCUGUUGGUUCAUGAUCCCGACACAGAUAAGGCCAGCGCGGCCGCAAAUGUGAAUGUGGGAAACUUCUCUGACGAUGGCGAUAUGCCUGGAAUGGCACAUGCCGUGGAACAUCUGCUGUUUAUGGGCACGAAAAAGUACCCUAAGGAGAAUGCCUACAAUCAGUACCUGGCAGCCCACUCGGGAUCGUCCAACGCCUACACGGCCGCAACGGAAACGAACUACUUCUUCGAAGUCGCCGCGACGUCAGAGUCAAGUGACGGCCAUGGCAGCGGUCAGUCGACUCCAGCGGAAGUCACCAAUGGCAACGUGAAUGGGACAUCUGGCAGUGCCGGCUCGUCCUCGACCGAUUUAGUCCCUCCUCUGUAUGGCGCGCUGGACCGCUUUGCUCAGUUCUUCGUCUCACCCCUGUUUCUAGAGUCGACUCUAGAUCGAGAAUUGAGAGCGGUAGACUCGGAGAACAAGAAGAACCUGCAGAGCGACAUUUGGCGUCUAAUGCAGUUGAACAAGUCCUUGUCGAACAAGGAGCACCCUUACCAUCACUUCUCGACUGGUAACCUGCAGACGCUGAAGGAGGAACCGCAGAAACGCGGGAUCGACGUUCGCAAAGAAUUUAUUGAUUUCCACUCCAAGCACUAUUCGGCUAACCGGAUGAAGUUGGUCGUUCUGGGAAGGGAAUCUCUGGACCAGUUGGAACAAUGGGUAGCUGAGCUUUUUGCCGAUGUGAAGAACAAAGAGCUCCCACAAAACCGUUGGGAUCAUGUCCAACCGUUUACGGAGGAGCAUCUCUCCACUCAGAUAUUUGCGAAACCCGUGAUGGAUACGCGCUCGUUGGACAUCUAUUUCCCUUUCCUCGACGAGGAGAAUCUGUACGAGUCCCAACCCAGCCGCUACAUCAGCCAUCUUAUUGGUCAUGAGGGACCAGGUAGUAUUCUGGCUUACAUCAAAGCCAAAGGAUGGGCUAACGGCCUUUCGGCGGGAGCCAUGCCAAUCUGCCCUGGGUCUGCUUUCUUUACUAUAUCCGUUCGCCUGACUCAAGAGGGUCUGAAACAGUACCGUGAGGUCGUCAAGGUGAUUUUCCAGUACAUCGCCAUGAUCAAGGAAAGGACACCCGAACAAUGGAUCUUCGACGAGAUGAAGAAUUUGGCCGAGGUUGAUUUCCGCUUCAAACAGAAGUCGCCUGCUAGCCGAUUCACCAGUCGUUUGAGUAGCGUCAUGCAGAAGCCAUUGCCUCGGGAAUGGUUGCUGAGCGGUUCGAGUCUGCUGAGGAAGUUCGACCCAGAAGCGAUCACCAAGGCCAUGUCCUACCUGCGGGCGGACAAUUUCAGGCUCAUGAUCGUGGCCCAGGAUUACCCAGGGGACUGGGAUUCCAGGGAGAAGUGGUAUGGAACGGAAUAUAAGGUUGAAAAGAUCCCAGAGGACUUCUCGUCCGAGAUCCAUAAGGCGCUUGGCUCGUCUCCUCAGGAGAGGAUAUCUGAUCUGCAUAUGCCACACAAGAACGAGUUCGUCCCCACGAGACUCUCAGUGGAGAAGAAAGAGGUUCCGGAGCCAGCAAAGACACCGAAACUGAUUCGUCACGAUAAUCGUGCGCGUAUUUGGUACAAGAAAGAUGACCGUUUCUGGGUCCCUAAGGCCACAGUCCAUGUGACACUGAGAAAUCCCCUUGUGUGGGCCACUCCUGCAAACCAUGUCAAGGCCAAGCUCUACUGCGAGCUUGUGAGAGAUGCUCUAGUCGAGUACUCGUAUGAUGCGGAGCUUGCGGGGCUUGAUUACCACCUGUCAGCUAGCAUCUUUGGCCUGGAUGUCUCUGUGGGUGGCUAUAAUGAUAAGAUGGCUGUGCUGCUAGAGAAAGUUCUCACUAGUAUGCGUGACCUGGUCGUGAAUCCUGAUCGCUUCAAGAUCAUCAAGGAACGGCUGACGCGGGGCUACCGCAAUGCGGAAUACCAACAGCCAUUUUAUCAGGUCGGUGAUUCCACCAGAUAUCUAACCUCAGAGAAGACCUGGAUAAACGAGCAGUAUGCGGCGGAACUAGAGGACAUCGAGGCAGAUGAUGUCGCUAGUUUCUUUCCUCAAAUUCUCAGACAAACCCACAUUGAGGUUCUGGCUCAUGGAAACCUUUACAAGGAGGAUGCUCUGAAGAUGACGGACCUGGUGGAGACGAUCCUCGCAGGUCGCCCACUGCCGCAAUCUCAGUGGCAUGUCCGCCGGAACAUAAUCUUUCCUCCUGGAAGCAACUAUAUCUACGAGAAGACCUUGAAGGACCCAGCCAAUGUUAACAACUGUAUCGAGUACUACUUGUUUCUGGGCAGUCUUGUUGACAGUGUUCUGAGGGCCAAGCUGUUACUAUUUGCUCAGAUGACAGAUGAGCCGGCAUUCGACCAGCUUCGCAGCAAGGAGCAGCUAGGAUAUGUUGUCUGGAGUGGUGCGCGUUACUCCGCCACGACUCUAGGAUACCGGGUGAUCAUCCAGAGUGAACGCACUGCCGCGUACUUGGAGUCUCGCAUUGAUGCUUUCUUGAGUCGGUUCGCCGACACUCUGGAGAACAUGACCGAGGAUGAGUUCGAGGGUCACAAGCGCAGCAUUAUAAACAAGCGACUGGAAAAGUUGAAGAAUCUUGCAUCUGAGACCAACCGGUAUUGGUCGCAUAUCGGAUCCGAGUACUUCGAUUUCUUGCAGAACGAGGUUGAUGCUGCACGCGUCAGGGGUCUUUCUAAGCAAGAGAUGGUCGAAUUCUACCGCCAAUAUAUUGAUCCUCAAUCUCCUACCAGAGCUAAAGUCUCGAUUCAUCUUAACGCCCAGGCCGGCGAAGCGGCCAAGAAUGCGGAUCCUCAGGAGCUGAAAUCCAAGUUUAUCUCUCUCCUGGGUGCACAACUGGAGGCAGCAGGGUUCACGGCUGAUCCUGAGAAGCUGCAGGCUGCCUUUGCAGAAAUUGACUUGUCUGCUGGCAAUGAGGCACAGAUCCUUUCCACAGUUAAAUCUUUCCUCACGUCUGAGCUGCAGCUUCCCGAGGAAAAGGCGCUCCCUGUUAUUUCACAAGCGCAACAGCUUCUGGGUGUUCAGCUGAUGCAGUCAGGUACCAACAGAUCGCCCAAUGGAGACAAGAAGUCUUCAGCAGAGCAGGGUGCUAAGACCAGUGUCAAUGGGGACCUGCCCCGGGGACCAACAUACAUCACCAACGUUCCUGAGUUCAAGGCGCGUCUUGCAGUUAGCGCUGGACCCAGUCCUGUCGUUGACCUCACUGAGUUUGAGGAUUUUGAACCCAAGCUUUAA